GGGCGAGUUUCAGCUUCAGCUGAGUUUUAACAUCUUUGGUAUCCCGGUUAGCGUGAGAACUGUUGGGUUACGUUGUUUGCGUAAACACAGCAGAAUAUCGUAUUUUUGUGGCGUUUUGUUGUGAUGGAUGUUUUAUGUGAAAGUGCUCCUAACGAUGACGACUGUGGUACAAGAUACUCCUCGUCCUCUAGUGAAGAUGACGAACGUAGGGACCAAGGCGUUGCGAUGACUUACAUGACUCUUGAUUCAAUUUUAAAUGAUAAUUCGCGAAUGUUUGAAUUUCUGAGAAGUUUUGGUGUGCUUGCGAACAAAUACGUAUGUGCUACGUGUCGGAAGCCGAUGUCCUGUGUGAAGGUUGCAACGACUAGAUGUGGCGAUGGGCUUAUGUGGCGUUGCGCGAAAGACAAAGUGUGGAGGUCAGUUCGUAAGGGUACUUGGUUCGAAAAGUCGAAGAUUAAGCUUAAAAGUAUAGUUCUGUUGACAUACUGUUUUUGUAUGCGUAAAUCUGUGCAAUCCACGUGUCGCAUCACAGGCUUGAGUGACAAAACGGUUGUCGAUUGGUUUUUGUCAUGUAGAGAAAUUUGUUCAGCUUUGAUGAAGAAGAGGGGAAAAAUCGGGGGGCCAGGUGUUGUGGUUGAGUUUGGCGAGUCAUCUUUUGGAAGUAACAAGUAUGAUAAGGGAAGGUGGAUGGCAGAAGUUUGGGUUUGGGGAGCAGUCGUUUGUGGGAAGGACCACGGUGAAUUGGUUUUGAAUGUGGUUGAGAAGAGGGAUGCUAGGACUUUGCAGUGGUUCAUUGAAGAGCAUGUUGAAAAUGGUACUGUUAUAUAUUCAGAUAAAUGGGACAGUUAUGAGGAUGCAGAGGAGUUUGACCUUCAGUCGUUUGCAGCAGAUCACAACUACCAGUUCCGGAAUAAAGUGACUGGUACAAUGGAGAGAUAUUGGAAAGAAGUUAAGAGAGUUCUCGAGGGAGGCAAGAGACGGCGCAGUGGUUUGCAGAGUCAUUUGGAUGAGUACAUUUGGAGGGAAAGUGUGUUUGUGCAUGGGUGUGCAUUUCAUUCGUUCAUGCAGAGUGUUGGAGCCCUUUAUGUUCCACGUGUAGAGGAUUAAGAUGUGGAUUUGCUGUUUGGGUUUGGUUGCAGGAGAGGUGUGUGGGGGGAGGGGCUGGAGAUGGAAAUUUGGUUUUUGUGUACGUUGUUAUUUAUCAACCAUGUGUGUGGAGCGUCUGGCUGUAGGAUUGUGAGUUGGUCGACCUGAAACCUUGUCAUUGUGGAGAUAUUUUUAUGAUGCCUACUUUUCUUUCACUUUCUCAGUUUACCAUGCGACACACAAAUGAAGCUUGCUGUUAUCUGUGUGAUCAGUGAUAUUCAGUUUUAACUGAAACUAUGGACAACACAUAGUGCCACCUGAUGAGGAAUGUGUUAAGCAUUCUAAUAAGAGCCUAGAUUUGAAUAAGCUCACAUUGAUACAUCAAGUGCACCGUGGCUGGUCAGGUGUGAAAGACUGCGAAUCACGAUGACUGAUCACGGCACCUAGUAGCCGUAGUUGGAACUCGACAGUGACGCUGUGACACGUGGAAAUCGUGCACCUCAUACUCUGGACAUUAUUGCUACCAAGUUUGGUACUGACAAGAAACAGUGGGAUCCAGUCAGGUGUAAUCUUGUGAUUAUAUUCUGGAGGAUUCCUUUUCCUGCAACUACCAAACACUUGGGUCCAGGAGCCAGUGAAAAAAUAAAAGACUGAGUAGGGGCAUGGGGUGCCUCUUCAAAUCCAUUGUGAUGAGGCAGAGGAAAACCUUUUCUUCUGAAGAAAAGGAGCCUGGUGCUAGAUAACGAUUAAGGAAGAUAUUUUGAAUAAAUGUAUUAUUGAUAAAAUAUACUAACCUAUUUACCUUCCGUUUUACUGUAAUAAAGAACUGAAAUAAUUUA